AAUUACCCGGACACAAACACAACACAGCAUGGAGGGGAAAGUCGCAGUGGUGGUGUUGGCGGCGAUGGUGGCGGCGGCGGCGGCGGACUCCUCCUCGCACGUGUCCAUCAACUUCGGCGAGGCCCAGGUGGAGUACGACAACAACCACGUGCUAGAGCACGCCCCGUACCCCCACCCACCAGCUGACCCCCUCUACUCCCACCCCCCCGCCGAGCCACACUACACAGCCCCACCCGCCGAGCCACACUACCCGCAGCAACCCCCGGUCUAUCACCCCCCCGCCCCCGUCUACCACCACCCCGAGGAGCCGUACGCUGAGCCCGCCGUGCCCGCCUGCGCCGAGGCCACCAACGCCACGUACUGCACGGAGGACGAGGCCUACCCCGAGUACGAGAUCAAGCACGCCAUCCAGUACCACCUGGACAAGUUCAACCACCUGUACGCUGACGUGGCGGACCUCAACACGGAGCUGUCAGUGGAGCGGCCCGACACCCUGGAGGAGGAGACGUACCUCUGCCCCUCCGAGACCGCCUACGUCAGGCCGCUGCGCGCGCUCAACACGGAGGGCAAGUGGCGCGUGGUCGUGAACGAAAUCGCGCUCCACUACAAGACCUUCACGCAGACGACCCGCGUGGAGGAGUGCCUCACCGCCGGGGACCCCUGCCCGAAGGUACCGUUCUGCUACGAGUCCUCCUGCCUCCAGAAGUCCAUCUACCACCGAUUCCUCGUCUACGACGCCUACGACAAGUACUUCCCCUUUGCCAUCGAGACCUUCAAGCUGCCCGCCAGCUGCGCCUGCCUCCUUGGCGCCUACGAACUAACCCACUAACGCCCACUGUUCCCAUGACUAGCCGCGACCCAAAGACUGGAAUGCAGGUUGAAGUAAAGU